AUGGUGGCAGAGGAAAUAUCGCCUGAGAUGCUGGACAAUCCAGAACUGUAUGGAUUGCGCAGAUCAGGAAGAGCCGCUGCCUCCAAUCGCACGCACUAUUUUUCGGACGACGAAGAAGACGAUGAAGUUGUGGUUAGUAGACGUGGAAGAGAAGACAAGGCCCAGGAUGUGGAGUCUGAUAAUGAAGUUACAGAGUCCAGCAGUGAUGAUGAGGAUGAAAGCAUGGCAGAAGACGAUGAUGAGGUUGCUUAUGGGAGGCCCAAGGCCAAGAAGAACAGAAAAGUCACGAAAACUGCAAGAAAGCCAAAAAAAUCCAAUUCAGAAGAGUUCGAAGUGCCCACGAGGUUCUCGUCAAGACAAAGCAAAUCGGUCAAUUACAACAUCGACUAUUCUGAUGAGGAUUUGCUCGAGUCUGAGGACCAGGAAGAGAACGAUGGAAGCGAAGAUGACGAGGCUGACACCCUAGAGCAGAGUUCUGCGUCGCCUCAGACUGGGCGUGGUAUCGAUAUGGUAGUAACGCACAGGCUUAAAGCAGACUUCGGUGAAUACCAGGGAGUGCCAGACCUAUCCAUAUGUAAAAACAACUACGAAUUCCUGGUUAAAUGGACAGACGAGUCGCACCUGCAUAACUCCUGGGAAUCCUACGCUGAUAUAGCCCAAUUUCGCGGUGCGAAGAAAGUGGACAACUACAUCAAACAGUUCAUUAUCUUGGACAAGCAAAUUCGAGAAGAUUCGUACACAACAGCCGAGGACCUCGAAGUUAUGGACUUGGAGCACGAGCGUCGCUUGGAUGAAUUUGAAGAAUUCAAAAUUCCGGAAAGAGUUGUGGAUAACGACCGUGUCACUUUAGAAGAUGGCACAUCGCAGUUACAGUACCUCGUUAAGUGGCGUCGUUUGAACUAUGACGAGGCCACCUGGGAGAACGCCGGCGUUGUUGUCAAAAUGGCACCGGAGCAGGUCAAGCAUUUUCAAAAUAGAAUAAACUCCAAGAUACUGCCGCAAUAUUCAAGCAAUUAUGGAUCUUCGAGACCUCGAUUCGAGAAGCUGAACGAACAACCAUCUUUCGUACAAGGAGGCGAGCUUCGAGAUUUCCAACUUACAGGUAUUAACUGGAUGGCAUUCCUCUGGUCGAAAAAUGACAACGGCAUUCUUGCCGACGAAAUGGGUCUCGGAAAAACCGUCCAAACUGUAGCUUUCAUCAGUUGGCUGAUAUAUGCUCGCAGACAGAAUGGGCCACAUCUAGUUGUGGUGCCGUUAUCAACAAUGCCUGCAUGGCAAGAAACCUUCGAAAAGUGGGCACCAGACCUCAACUGCAUUUAUUUCAUGGGUAACCAGAAGUCCAGAGACGCAAUCAGAGAAAGUGAAUUCUACACAAAUCCACAAGCAAAGGGGAAAAAGCAUACCAAAUUUAAUGUUCUUCUGACAACAUACGAAUACAUUUUGAAGGAUCGCGCAGACCUAAGCGCUAUUAAGUGGCAGUUUCUAGCUGUUGACGAAGCACAUCGUCUGAAAAAUGCAGAGUCGUCUCUUUACGAGUCACUCAAUAGUUUCAAGGUCGCGAAUCGACUCCUGAUUACCGGUACACCUUUACAGAACAACAUCAAGGAGCUGGCGGCACUUGUGAAUUUCUUGAUGCCGGGCAGAUUUACCAUUGAUCAAGAAAUUGACUUUGAGGUUCAAGAUGAAGAUCAAGAGAAAUACAUUAGAGACCUUCACAGUAGGCUACAACCGUUUAUUUUACGUCGUCUGAAAAAAGACGUGGAGAAGUCUCUUCCCUCUAAGACUGAAAGGAUUCUAAGAGUAGAAUUGUCCGAUGUUCAAACUGAUUAUUACAAGAAUAUUUUGACUAAAAACUACAGCGCACUUUCGGCAGGCUCGAAAGGCGUACAUUUCUCAUUGCUCAACAUCAUGAACGAACUAAAAAAGGCUUCCAAUCACCCUUACCUGUUUGACACUGCUGAAGAUCGUGUCUUGGCGAAGUUUGGAGACGGGAGAAUGUCCCGAGAAAACAUUCUUCGUGGUCUCAUCAUGUCAUCCGGUAAAAUGGUGCUUUUGGAUCAGCUUUUGACCAGAUUGAAAAAAGAUGGGCAUAGAGUUUUAAUUUUUUCUCAGAUGGUCAGAAUGCUUGAUAUCUUAGGUGACUACCUGAAUAUCAAAGGAGUUAAUUAUCAACGUCUAGAUGGUACAGUACCCUCUGCUCAAAGACGUAUCGCAAUAGACCACUUUAACGCCCCCGACUCUAAUGAUUUUGUGUUCUUGCUUUCCACGAGAGCUGGUGGUCUUGGUAUCAAUUUGAUGACUGCAGACACGGUCAUUAUUUUCGACUCAGAUUGGAAUCCGCAAGCGGACUUGCAGGCAAUGGCGCGUGCUCAUCGUAUCGGGCAGAAAAAUCACGUCAUGGUCUACAGGUUUGUUUCAAAAGACACUGUAGAAGAAGAAGUUUUGGAAAGAGCUCGGAAAAAGAUGAUUCUCGAGUACGCUAUCAUUUCCUUAGGUGUUACAGAUGGAAGUAGUUUCUCGCAGAGCAAGAAAAGUGAUCCCUCAGCGGGAGAACUUUCGGAGAUUCUUAAGUUUGGUGCUGGAAAUAUGUUCAAAGCUAACGAUAAUCAAAAGAAGCUUGAGGACCUAAAUCUUGAUGACGUUUUGAAUCAUGCAGAGGACCAUGUUACUACACCUGAUUUGGGUGAGUCGCAUUUGGGCGGUGAAGAGUUUUUGAGACAGUUCGAAGUCACGGAUUAUAAGGCAGACGUUGAGUGGGAUGAUAUCAUUCCAGAAGAAGAGCUAAAGAAAUUAAAGGACGACGAACAAAAGCGGAAGGAUGAAGAGUACGUUCAAGAACAAUUACAGCUGAUGAAUAGAAGAAACAAUGCGUUGAACAAAAUCAAAGCAUCAGUGAACGGAAAUGGUAGUAACUAUAACGAUGAGGAAGAGAAGAGCCCACGGCCUGAAAAACGGAAAGUUAAAGCUGAAAGCUUGGACUCCUUUGGAGAAAGAGAAAUUCGUGCACUCUACAAGUGCGUGCUUAGAUACGGGUCUUUGGACGAUAAGUUCGAAGAGCUAAUUGGAGAUGGCUCACUUCCUAUGAAAACAAUUGAACUUUACUCUAGACUGUACCGUGAAAUGAUUGCAACAGCCAAGAAAGUUUUUAAGGAAGAGGACGAAAAUCGCACGCAAAUGUUUGCCGCUCUUGAGGCCAGUGCGAAAGCUUACAAGGAAAAGCUCAAGGCUAGCGGUCAACAGCUAGAUGAAAAAGAUAAAAGCACUCCUGUUGGUAAGCUCGCAGCUAAGAGAAAGGAGAAAAAAGCUAUCUUGUUUGAGAUGUAUGAUGUGAAGUCGCUCAAUGCAGAGAAUGUCAUAACAAGACCUGAGGAGAUGCACUUUCUUGCUUCUUUUUUGCGGAAGAACUAUCCGGACGAUCCACUACAAUUUAAGUUCGUAAACAAGGCACCCAAGCCGGUCACGAAUUGGAACUGUUCUUGGAAUAAGGAAGAUGAUGAAAAGCUUAUGGUUGGAGUCAAUAAGUAUGGUUACGGCUCUUGGGCCCAGAUAAGAGAUGAUCCUUUUCUGGGACUCACCGAAAAGAUAUUUCUCAAUGAACCUCAAAGCUCAGGCUCGAAGACUGACUCGAGCUCGACAAAUGGUGAAAAGAAGCCGAAGAAUGGCUCUACCGGCGGUUCAAAAAAGGUUCCGGGCUCAGUGCACUUGGGUAGAAGAGUGGACUAUCUAUUCUCGGUUAUGCGCGAUGAAAUCAAGCCGCUGACAUCGUCAGGAACAAACAGUGGGAACUCCACCCCGUCAGGAUCUUUAUCUGCAGGUUCCAAAAAACGUCCCAGAAAACCCAUCAACAGCAGAGCUGGUACUCCCGAUGUAAAAAAGGAAGAAACUCGCUCUGGAGCUGUUAAGCGUUCCAAGAAAAACGAGGAAUCGCGUAAAAGUCCCCCACCCUUGGGUAGUGCUGCCAAAAAGCAGCAACAGCCCACGAAAAAUGUUGGCCAUGAAAGGAAUUCUCACCAUGUUUCUGAGAAGGAAUACGAAAGUAUGGAAGAAAUGGAAUGUAAACACACCAUGCAAGCUAUGAAGGGCUCAUUCAGAAACCUCAGUCGCGGUGGUAAGGGUCUGGAUCGGAAAGAAUGGGCACGUAUUUUGAAGACGGAGCUAAGAGCGAUUGGGGAUCACAUAGAAGCUCAAAAAGCCUCAUCAAAAAAGCAUCCUGCCCAGAAAUUUCGCAAGCACCUAUGGGCCUUCAGCGCUCACUACUGGCCUGCUAAAGUUAAGAGCUCCAAACUUCUGGCCAUGUAUGAUAAAAUUGUUGCCAGUAACGAAUCCUAA